ACCGCGCCGCGCCGACAUGUUCAAGUUCAGGAGGAAGCGCUACAAGAGCUUUGACCCGGGCAUCUUGUGCGAGGAGACCGGACCAACGUACGAUAAUCCGGAGCUGGAGGCGAUGCAUAAGGAGAUCCAGGGCUUGAUGUCGGAGCAGGGCCAGCUGGAGGUGGACAUAUCGCAGAAGGAAGACCAGAUCAAGAGCAAAAACUCGGAGGCUUCCACACUGCAGAGGGAGCUGGAGACGCUGGCGGCCACACUGAAGCAGCUGGAGGGCCAGAAGGGCGCCGCCGCCGGCAAGCUGGACGACCUCGCCAGCCAGACCAAGGGUCUGGAACGCGACCUGCUGGCCGCCAAAGACGAGGUGGCGCGCGAGCAGCAGAAGGUGGACCGACUGCAGGCGCAGGUGAAGGAGCAGGAGGAGUCGCUGGUGGCGCAGGAGCAGGAGCUGGGCGACAAGCGGCGCGAGCUGAGCGAGCUGCGCGACGAGGAGCUGUCGCUGGAGCGGCAGGUGCAGGAGAACAGCAGCCGCCAGGAGCGCAUCGCCCGCACGCUCGAGGACGCGGCCCUCCAGAUCAGCCAGGCCAAGUCGAAGGUGACGCAGCUUGAGGAAAGCCAGCGCCAGAUGUCGGAGGCGCUGGGCCAACUGGACGCGGCGCUGGAGGGCGGCGACGCCGCGGCCGUGCCCGACUCGGCGCUGCAACCGGCCGACACGUCGUUCGCCGACCCGCAGUUCACUGAGAUCCGCAGCAUGCUCAGCCCGGAGCCGGAGCCGGCGCCCGCGCCGGAGCCGGAGCCGGAGCCGGAGCAGCGCUCCCAGCCGCCGCCGCGCCCGGCCGCGCCCACCUUCCAUGCCAACGGCUUCAACGACCCGUUUCGGCCGUCGUCGGGCGGGGGCGGCCGCUCGGCCUGGGGCGCCGACCCGUUCGGGUUCGCCGACUUCGCCAACUUCGACCAGGUGCGCGGGGUUUGGUGUGAGGAAGAGGUGGUGGUGGUGGUGGUGUUCACCAGCGGCUCCGGCGACGCCUGGUCGGCGCCAACGUCGCCCGCGCCGCCGCCGCCGACUUUCGCCAUCUCUGACCCGUUCUCCGCGCACGACCCGUUCGCCGGCGCCGACCCCGACCCGUUCGCGGCGUCCGGCGGCCGGGACUCCGGCUGUCUGACGCAGUCGUCGACGAUGGAGUUCGAGCGGCCGGCAGCCGGCCGUCGUGACCCGUUCGAGCCGGUGUCGCCGGCGUGUACACCGGAGAACGGCUCCGAAGCGUGGGGAAUGCGACCCAUCUUCCCGCUGCGCGUGCUGGCGGCGUGA